CUCGGUCGAACUUGUCCUGGAGAUUAUCAAGCAGGCUGCGACACCAGAUUUCAAGAAACUGCACCUUGGUGUCAAUCCAUACAAAACUGCCGUCAAUUUAUGUCUAGUCUCUCAUGCUUUCCGUGCUGUCGCUCUCCCUCAAAUGCUCCACAGCAUUAUUCUGUCCAAAACAAACAAUAUCCAUUCGUUCAUAAAGGCCCUACGCAUCCAGCGGGCCUAUUAUAUCUGCAUGACUAGCCCCGCCACCCAUAUUCCAAGCUGUGGCAAUUACCAUUUUGAUUCAGAUGUGCCCAUCAUCCGCGCGCGUUUGCUUUACUGCGACUAUUCCAAAUACGUCCAUCGCAUGUGGAUUGGAGAAUGCUGGAACAUCCCAAGCACAAAACCAGAAGUCCCGACGCGAGCCUCCACCAUUCACGAGGUCGAUGCUGGGGUCGAGUCCGACUACGCCAUUCUUGCACCCGUUCUCCUCGCAACAUCUUCGCUUGGCAUUAAUUGUAGCUCUAAUAUCCUCUAUUACUGUCUCGAAACUACCUCUGCCGUGGAAGACUACUUCCCUCACUAUCGCGG